UCGGCAGUCGAGCUGGGCCGGUAGUGAGAGCAGGGUGGGUCAGGUCGGCUGUGACGGUGUGGAGUAGGGUCGGUUGAGGAGUGAGUCGAGACGGGCAGUGUGACGGUGAAACACCACGCGAUACCGUGACGCGUGACAAGUGGUGAAGGAGUAAACGUGUCACACAGUGACAACAACUCCCUGCGAUACUCAGUGGAUAAGAUUACCGCCCUCCGCGGGUGUCAGUGUGUGUGCUCGUCUGGUAUUUACCAGCCCCUCCCAGCACCGCUCGAGGUUCCGACCCGCAGUUCCAGCGGCCCCGUCUGACCCAAGCGGCCCGCCCACGGGGCCGGGGUCGGCGGCGGCGGAGCCAUGGAUCCAGCAGGCAGUUGGCGGGGCGCUGGCGGGCCCGGCGGCGGCGGCGCCGGCGGCGGGGGUGGUGACCAUAGUGCGUCAGAGAUGUCGCGCUCCGGUCGGCGGCGAUUCAGCCGCGACUGGGUGCGCCGCAAUCGUCACGAUAGCGCCGAGGAGACGAGCAUAGACUAUUCGCUGACCGAGGAUGACAACAGCGUCCGAGUGCUGCUCAAGUGCAUGGGAUUCCACGUCGAUGAAGAAUUGACUGAAGAAGAGCGCAAGGAGCGCCGUGAGCAGCACCUGCCCCACUUUGUGAUCCGCCUGAAGGACACCGAGAUUCUGGAGCGCGCCUCCGUGGUGUUCAUGGUCAAGGCCGAGGGCCAGCCGGAGCCCACCAUCGAAUUUUUCAAGGACGACGUGCCGCUGGCACAGGACGACCGAGUCUCGCUGACCCGGGAGACGAGUGGCGCCUACGAGCUGCAGAUCCACCACGUCCGAAAACAGGACGCGGGUGUCUAUAAGUGCGUGGCCACCAACAAAAAGGGACAGGAGGAGUGUCAUGGCAACAUCACAGUUACCGAUGACGACACUGCGGUGUUCAGCCUCCUGGACAAGCAGAAGGAGAUUCAGGACGCCGAGAACACCAACUUCACCUGGUUCAAAGACGGAGAGGAGUUCGACCCCGCCGAGAGGUUCAAGGUCCUCUUCAAGGACGAAGAGGACACGUUGGCGCUGGUGUUCCAGCACGUCUCGCCCGAUGACGCCGGCAUGUACACGUGCGUGGCCGCCACAGAGAGCGGACGCAUCUCCUGCUCGGCAGAGCUCACCGUCCAGGAUGUAAUCUAUGCGCCGGAGGUAGAAGGUGGUGUGAAGCAGCUGCCUAUGGAGCCCGAGGCACCCAGUGUGGUCGAGGGCCUUCAGAAGACCGAGGUCAGCGCAGGAGGCUCGGCGAUGCUCGAGUGCAAGCUCAGGGGCUACCCGGCCGUCAACGUUACCUGGACACUGAACGGCGAGGAGAUCAAGCCGGGCGGUCGGUUCCGUAUGCUGUUCGAGGACAGUGAGACUGUGGCGCUCAUCAUCAAGAACGUGACCGAGGCCGACGCCGGGAAGAUUCAGGUGACUGCCAGGAACGAGCUGGGAGCCUGCACUUCCGAGGCCGACCUCGUCAUCAAGGGUCCGCCGAAAUUCCGGAAGAAGAUCCAGGACAUGGCGAUCAUGAUCGACGAGACCGUGAGGAUCGAGGUGGAUAUCGACGGAACGCCGAAACCAGAGGUCAAAUGGUACAAGGACGGACAAAAGCUGACCGAGACCGACCGACUCCGGCUGGUAGAGGAGUCAGACACCAAGUAUGUGCUGCUGAUCGACCGCAUGGAGCUGACGGAUGCUGGCUCGUACUCCAUCGUCGCCAGUAACACGAUGGGACAGAUGUCCGACUUCUGGAAGGUCACGGCACAGGCCCCGCCCAAGUUCACAAAGCAGCUCCUCAGGGAGGUGGUCAAGGGCGAACAGGAGAGCGCCACCCUCGAGGUCAAGAUCCAGGGCAGCCCCGUGCCAAAGGUCAAAUGGUACAAGGACGGUGAGGAGAUCACAGUGGACGGUCGCCACUACUCUGUGGAAAAUGACGGACACAUCUACACCCUGACCAUCAACGGCCUGACUCGCACCGAUAGCGCGAAAUAUACAUGCAAAAUCAGCAACGAGUUCGGUCAGGACGAGACCACCUGCCAGCUGCACGUCAAGUGCGCCCCGGAGAUCGACAGCGGCCUGGGAGACAUGGACGUGCACGAGGGAGAGCCGUUCACACUGGAGAUUGAGGCCACCGGCUACCCAGUGCCCGUCGUCAAGUGGUACAUUGACGACGUCGAGAUCACCGAGAAGCAGAACCUGUACAAGAAGGAGCACGACGGCAAGUUUUUCCGUUUGAACGUGUCUACGGCCAACUCCAGCAUCAUCGGCACCUACCGGUGCACCAUGAAGAACGAGCUCGGCUCCUGCGAGACCAGUGGAUUCAUCAAUGUCCUCAAAUCUCCCGAGUUUGAGGAGCCAUUGUGCGAUACGGGUGCCGACGAAAACAAGCCGCUCACGCUGAAGGUCAAGAUUCUGGCUGUUCCCGAACCGGAGGUCACUUGGUACCGAGACGGAGAACCGAUCACGGCCAAGUCGUCCGAGAUCCAGAUCAGCCGGGACGGCGAGUACUACAGCAUGACCUUCAGCAACGUCAAGGAGGCGCACCAGGGCAACUACUCUGUGAUGGCCAAGAACAGUCAGGGCGAGAACUCAUCCUCCAUGCACCUCACGGUCUACACGCCCGGCACCCGUCCCUCAGUCAGUCAGCCGGAGGGCGACGAGCGUGGUGCGGAGACCGGUGUCGGAGACGGGGACGACGCGGCCGGCAUGCGCCGCGUGGUGCUGCAGGAGACACUGGUGAGUGUGACGACUGACGGCGACGACGCGACGGUCAUCUCGCAGACCGUCACGCAACGAACCGACGACGGCGACAGCGAGACGAGAGUGGAGCGGCGCGGCGAGGCGCGACGCGCCAGCUCCGCCGAGGAAACGGGCGCGGGAGAGGAGAAACCGGCAAAACGGAGAAAGAGUAGCUCCGAAAAAGGUGACGGCAAGAAGAAGAAAGAAAAAUCAGGAAAGCGAAAAGAGGAUGAGGCAGAUCAUGAGGGAAAGAGCAAGAAGAAAAAGAAAAAAGACGGUGAUAUAAUGGACACGGCUGCAAAAACCGUUCGCUUUAUGGAGGAGGAACAGCGCAAGGAAAGCGACGAUUUCUGGGGCGACCAGACCAUGGGUGAGGCCGAAGAUGACACGCACUCUGAGAGUCAAAACAGGCGGGACUCACGUGACAGGUCAGGUAGAAAUGCAGAAGAUGAUUUGAUUGAGAGCGCGGAAAGAGCUGUUAGGCUGAUGGAAGAGGAACAACGGAAAGAGAGUGAUGACUUUUGGGGCGAGAAGACUGCGGACGAUCAUCACGAAUCACACGAGAAGACACGAAGAGAUUCUGAUACUACUGACAAAACUAGAAAGAAGUCGAAAGACCAGGAUAUUGGAGGUGGUACGAAGAAAACAAAGACCGUCCACGAAGAAUACACAGUAGAAAUGGAAAGUGAAUAUAGCGACGGCCAAGGCGACAGUCAAAGGAAAGGCGACAGCACUGACAAGCGGAAGGUCAGCAAGAAGAUGACAAUGACGGUUACUGAGGAGCACAGCUCCCAGGCUGGGUCCGAAGGAGACGGUGGCGCCGCUGAUUCCAAAGCCUUAAAAAAGUCUAGGCAAAUUGGAGCAAAAGACGAGCAGACUCAGGCUUGGGAUGAGCAAGGUAAACGGAAUGAUGAUGAUGGAUUUAUGGACAACUUCUCGAAGACUGUUAAAUCUUUACAUGAUGAGCAGCAGAAAGAAAGUGAAGUGUUCUGGUCGGACGAUAAGGAAGAUAAGGGCCCAACUGCCAAUAAGCCUACAUCAAAACGUGAGGACGAAACGGCUAUAGCCAAGAGAAAAGGCGUAUCCGACGAGGAUUUUAUUGAAAGCGUUUCGAAAACAGUGAGAUCCAUGGUUGAUGAACAGGAUGAGGAAAGUCGGGCGUUCUGGGGUGAUGACUCAAACAAAAAAGACACAGAAGGCGGGAAGGAAAGAAAACAACGUGAUGCUCAAACCCAAGACGAAGACUAUGAAGAUGAUGACAAAAGGUCACGCAAACAUAGAUCCGAAGUGAAAACCUCACGAAAAGACAGUGUAUCUACGAAGUCCGAGAUCGACGAACAAAUAAUCGAUUCUGAUGAGGUUCGCCAAAAGGGAAUAGAUGAAGACAGCAGAGUCACAAAGAAAAGAAAGAAAAGUCUUCAGAAAGACAGUGAGGAAGAAACUGAAGAGCGACGUCGCGAAGACGGCGAUUCUCAUCCAGGAAAAGAUGGCAAAAAGGUGAUAAAGAAGACCGUUAAAACCACGUACGAGGAGGAAAUUUCUGAAGUCGAAGACCUCGUUGGAGUUAAACCUAAACCAAGGGGAGAGGGAAAGGACAAAUCGAAACGAGAUAGGAAACAAGACAUCAAAAUCAUUCACGAAGCGAAAUCAGAUAAUCAUCAGGACUUAUUGACUAAAUUUGAAGGUGACGAUGGUGAUGCAUUUAUGGAUAAGGCAUCGAAGACUGUUAUGUUUAUGAGAGACGAACAACAGAAGGAAAGUGAUGACUUCUGGGGUGACAUGAAGGACGAAGCUAUCCAGUCAGACGUCAUCAAAAAGAUAACAAAGCAGACAGCCGGGGCAGAUGAAGACGAAGAAUCCUGCCAUGGUGUUAAACACAAACGCCAGGACCAGAGUCCUACAGAUAGUGAUGAUGGCACCGACAGAAUCGCGAAAACCGUCAAGUCGAUGAAAACCGAAGAAACAAUAACGACCAAAGACGCCAUGGAAGCUGAUGACUACAUACCCGAAGGCCUCACUCCCGAAGAGGUGGCCGCAGGCCCUCGCGAACCUUCCAUGCCAGACCAGCCGCAACAGAAGAAACCCUCUAAGCACUACGACCAGGAUAAGCCCAGGACAGACGCACCAGUGGACGGCGGUCCAGGUCCUCCCGAAACCCAACCAGAGUCCACCAUACCUCCCACGGACUGGUCCGGAGACAGUCUGUUCUCUGACCAGGCCGCGCAACUGGACGCCAUGCGCCGUCAGAUGCAGGCCGACAGCGACGCCUUCUGGGGCCGGGACUCAGACCAGUGUCGUGUUCAGGAGAUCAGCAGCGAGCCGUGGGAGGGGGGACGGCCCGAACGCUCCGCCCGCCGCCCUGCCAGCCAGCAGUCCGGUAUCGUGCAAGAGUUCGAGUCGGAUGACGGAGCCAGCGAGACGGCGACGGCGGCAGGGGACAGCCUUCACCGGCAGACGCACUACCAGCAAGUCAUCACGACCGUUAUUAAAGAUGACGGUGAGCGCGUGACCACGCGGUCGCAGGUGCUGGAGACCUCCGGUGGUGAGUACGGUGAAGCGACCACGGUCCACGUGUCGGAGGAGACCGAUCGUCGACUGGGAGGGGGACGUGCUCACGACGGUAUGCACAGCGGGGACGAGGUCCACGCCAGUCGUGCACGGUCCCUAAGGGAUGCCGGAACAGAGACGGUGGUGCAGGAGGGUAAGGCUGUGCCAAAGGAUAAAUCAGCGGAGUCCAGAGGAACAGAAAUGGAUCAUGAUGCGGAAGGUGAUAUCGAGAAUGUGCAACAAAAGAAGCCCAAAAGACUGGAAAGGGAUGUUCCAAUUCAUCAGGAUGUUUCAAGUGAAACCGGAAAAGAUGUUCCCAUCGUCCAGGACGACUUCGAGGAAGAACAAAGCAAAGAUAGAGAUGUUCUUAUAGAUCAGCGUGAGGCAGCAGUUGGGAAAGCAAAGGAAAUUCCAAUACAUCAAGAUGACAAAAUUGCAUCAGAAAGAGAUGUGCCGAUUUUCCAAGACAAGCCCGAAGAAGAAACGAGUGAACGGGAAAUCCCAAUACAGCGGCUUGAUGAAGCUGAAGAUAGAAAAGAUGAGAGGGAUAUUCCCAUUCAGCAAGAUGAUGAAAAGCCUGUGAAAGAUGUGCCCAUUAUUUUGGAUGACUCAAAGGACGCGGAGGAUACUGGGAAGGAGGUCUACAUUCAACAAGACAUAGAUCGUAGAGAAGACGACAAUAUAGAGGUGGCGCACAAAGAUGCUGAGCACAGAACAUCCGACACGAAAGUUCCAGUUGAAGAUAGAACCGACGAAAUACACGAACCUGAUGGCAAGACUUCAAUGCAACAUGAGUCCGUGGCUGCUAGCGAUGAAGAAACGUUGACACAACAACAAUCGCAAGAAGUCCAGACAGAACAAGACGCCCCUGACAUCAAAGCUGAUGUAGGAGCACGUGAUGCCGUUGAUGACGGGACAGGCACGGCUCAUCUUGGAGGUGGCACGGAUAAGCAUGUUGUGAAGAAACGAAGCAAAACAGUUGUCACUGAGUCUUCAGACGAAGAGGGAUCUGGCCGUGGGUCUCCUAAGCGAAAGUCAAAACAUCAGGCCGACAAGGUUUCAGGCAAAGAAGACCAGGAACCAUCAGACGCACCGGAUGAGCAUGACGCCGAAACAUCCCGGAAGACAGAGGAUGAUCGUAUUGAUAAAGUGGCAGAAAAAGAUGUUUUAGUAGUACAAGAAAAACUUGACAAAGACUCAGCAGAAGAUACAGAAAAGCAGUCGACUGAGGCGGAUGCGCCAGUACCGGAAGAUGAUGACGAAAAUGUUCAAAUGUCUUUGGAUUCAAAAACGGUCACCCUUGGUGGUGAGGUCAAAGUGGAGACUGCUAUGGGAGAAGAGAAGCAAAUUACCAUGGAUUCAGACGGAGGCUUCAAUGAAACUGAUAAAAAACUUACGGAGGCUCCUCAGAAAUUAAGGCCGGAUGAAGAAGGUGAAAAACAGGCCCCAGUCUCUUCCGAUGCCGAUACUGAAGCUAAAAAGGAUAGUGAAGAGCCUGCUUUCGGACUUACGACAACAGAGGCACCAGAAGCCACUGAUGUCUCAACUUUCACAGAUAACGAAAAUAAACGACAUGAUGAGAUCUCAGAACAAAAGGAAAAAGAUACUGCUGCUACAAUUUCAGAACAACCAUCCGACAGAAAACCCUUAUCAAGGCGGCUAUCAGAAGAAUCUGUCGGGAAAGAUAUAACCGCACAGGAUGACAAAAUAUUUGCAUCAAAGCCUGAAAAGAAAUCUACACCAAUUAUCGAGGAACAGCCACAGGAAAAUGUCGCACCCCAAAAGACUCCACUCGAUGAGGGUGAGGCUAAAAUCAGUGAAGCAGAAGAAGAUCUUCACCUUGGAGGCGGUACUGAUAAAGAGUACAAAGAAGAGGCGCCAUUGAAGGAGCCUCCUGAAGAAGACUUCCUGGAUUACCGUACAACGGAAUCCGAGAACGCCGACAAAGAGCUGUCAAGUUUAAAUGAAACUGAAGAUAAUGAAGGUCAGGAAACACAAACAGUACCGGCUGAUUUAGAGUUUAAUGCCGAAUCAGAAAAAUAUACUAGAUCACAAUCAGAUGAGCGGGACGCAAAAACUCAAACUGCAGAUGAUGUCCAGAAGAUCCAGGAAGAAACUUCUGUCCCAGCUGAUGCUGACAUUGUAUCUCAUCCCAAGGACGAUGAAAAAGAUGUGGCAAUAGAGGAGACUGUCCCAGCUAAGCUGGGCGGUGAGGUUCAACUCAAAGAAUGGGGCAAAGCGAAAGAAGGCGAUGUCAUGGAGGGGAACAGAACAAUCAGCGAUGAUGAACAGGAAACAAGCACUUCUGGCGUGGCAGUCACACAGAAAGAAAAUCGUGCCUCGUUGGAGGAUGAAGACCUAUCUCGACACGCCAAGGACGUAUGUGAAGAGAAUGUGGCAGAGGUAGCAGACACAUUCGAUAGCUCUGGGGAGCAGGUUGAACUGAAGGCUACUACUGAGACUGGUCCAUCAAAAGCUCAGGAUACGAUGCAAGACACCAAAGGAAAGCCAGAUUCAACCGACGCGAAAUUAGAGGAAGAACCAAUUGUAACGGGAGAUGAGCCCUGUGAGGUGUCGGACACCAAAGAGGAUGAUGUUGAAGAUGCUAAUGCUAGUCCAAAGUCGACCUCUGAUGAAACUAUAACUGAAGAGGACGUCACAAGCGUGACAAUAGCGCGUAAAGCAUCUGGUCCCGAAAAGGUUUCCGUAGAUGAAGAUGACUUUUGGGCCCAGCUAGCAUCUAAAGAUGACGAAGCUACAGAACAAGCCGAAGGAAGCAAGGAUUUGCAUACAUCAGCUAAGGGCAGUGAAAGCGUUGAGGAACAAACAUCAGACGAAGUUGAAACUUUGGCAAAACAUGACGAAACCAAGACCAUAUCAAAAGACGAGCCGGAUACCGGUGAUGUGCAAUCUGGUGAGAGACAACCUGAGGAGGAUGUUCGUCUUGGAGGAGGCAGAACAAAGACUGACACCGAUAAGGGUGACACUGAAACACCUUUGGUUGUAAGAGAAGAAGUUCCCACGCCUGAUGCCGCUGCAGAUGAAACUGUACACGCUAACGACGGCGAGACGGUUGAAAAGGCAGAAGUACUCUCUGAAGUGAAUGUUAUGCCAAUCAGAGACGAAGACAAUGAAGUUGUUAGCCCAUCAUCUCAGGAUGGCGCUGAUGGUGACGGCCAAUUCGUCAAAACCACUGAUGAAGAAAUCCAGGACGAAAACGAUGGUCAGCGAAAGGGACCAGAAGCUACUGCUGAUGGAGCCAAGGUACCUUCUGAGCCCAAGGUGACUGCAGACGUGGAUGCAGAAGCAGGCGAACAUGAGUCGGCUGCAGAAGGAGAAACAUUCACAAAGCCAAGCAUCGCGUCCAAAGAAGAGAAAGCUGACAAAGUGCAGGAAACUGAGCUUGAUCAGCUUAAGCAAACUGGGGAAAGCAUCAUCGCUGAUCAUGAGGAAAUGAGUAACGACAAAUCACUACAAAUGUCAUCCGGUGAUGAGUUACAGCAGCAUGAAAAAGAAAAUGUUGAAACGGCGAUUGCUGGUCCCGAUGCUUCUGCUGAUAUUGAUCUAAGAACAUCGGAUUCCGAAUUGGAUCAGAACGAAGCAGCUGCCAAAGUCAAAAUUAAAGCACCUAAAGACGCUAAAGACACGGGUGAUAUGUCAGCAGAGAUGACAUUGGAAGAGAGCCAGAGCGCCGAGGAAUCAGCAGAAUAUAACGUCAAAGGAGACGCGAUAGAAAUGCAACAAGAUGACGGAGAAGCAACAGCCACCGUCGCUGUCAAACCAGAUAGUGAUGCAGCAGGGCCUGAUGUGGGUGUUACAGACGUUGAGUCUCAGACAAGAGAAGAUUCUGAUGGACGGAAGAAAUCAGAUAAGAUAACUCGGGAUGAUGAGAGUCAAGUAGAUUUCUGGGCUCAAUUGGAUCAGAAGACUGAUGAUGACCAGGAAAGCGAAGAGCCUGCUCGUAUUGAUAUAGUAAUGCCAGAUUCUAAAGAUCAAAACGAGGCAGCUGCAAAAAUCAAAAUUAAAUCACCGACAGACGCCAAAGAUAAGGGUGACAUGUCAGCAGAGAUGACCUUAGAAGAGAGCCAAAAAGCCCAACAACCAGCAGAAUAUAACGUGCAAGGAGACGCGAUAGAAAUACAAGAUGACGAAGAAGCCACAGCCACUGUCGCUGUCAAACUAGAUAGUGAUGCUGCGGAACCCGAUGUGGCUGUUACAGACGUUGAGUUUCAGACGAAGGAAGAUUCUGAUGGACGGAAGAAAUCAGAUCAGGCAACUCAAGAUGACGAGAGUCAAGUGGAUUUCUGGGCUCAAUUAGAUCGAAAGACUGAUGAUGACCAGGGAAGCGAAGAGCCUGCUCGUAUUGAUGUGACACUACCAGAUUCUGAAACAGAUGAAAACGAGGCAGCUGCCAAAAUAAAAAUCAAAUCGCCUAAGGAAACCAAAGAGAAAGGUGAUAUGUCCGCAGAGAUGACCUUAGAAGAGAGUCAGAGUGCUCAGGAAUCAGCAGAAUAUAAUGUCCAAGGAGACUCGAUUGAGAUGCAACGCCAAGAUGACGAAGAAGCCACAGCCACCGUUGAUGGCAAACCAGAAAGUACCGUUGCAAAAACUGAAGAGGCCCUUACGGACGUCGAGUCUCAGACGAGAGAAGAUUCUGAUGGACGGAAGAAAUCAGAUAAGGUAACUCAAGGUGAUGAGAGUCAAAUAGAUUUUUUGGCUCAAUUGGAUCAGAAGAGCGAUGAUGGUCAAGGAAUCGAAGGGCCUGAUCGUGUUGAUAUAACACUACCAGAUUCUGAAACAGAUGAAAACGAGGUAGCUGCCAAAAUAAAAAUCAAAUCGCCUAAAGACACGAAGGAGAAAGGUGAUAUGUCAGCAGAGAUGACGUUGGAAGAGAGCCAGAGUGCCCAGGAAUCAGCAGAAUAUAACGUCCAAGGAGACGCGAUCGAAAUGCAGUGUCAAGAUGACGAAGAAGCAGUAGCCACCGUCGCUGUCAAACCAGAUAGUGAUGCUGCGGAACCCGAUGCGGGUAUUACAGACGUCGAGUCUCAGACAAGAGAAGCUUCCGAUGCACUGAAGGAUCAGGUAACUCAGGAUGAUGAGAGUCAGGUGGAUUUCUGGGCUCAAUUAGACACCAAGAAUGACGAGAGGGAUAUCGAUAGGCUUGUUGAUGAGAAAGAUGCUGCCGAGACAGAGGCCGCAGUGAUUGUCGAAACUACUGAAAAACAGACCGUGCCAUCAGAUGUGUCUUCACCGCACGAGAAACUUUCCAGUGACAAGGACCAGGAGGAGGAAAAAGCCGACAGGAUUGGGGGAGGUGUAGCCCAAGAAGCCUCAGCCGGUCAUCAAGAUACUCCUGAACAGCUCGACACACAGACUGACAAACCUAGCAAACCGUCAUCAAAGAAAUCGAAAAAGCAAAAGAAAGCCUUAUCCACGGACGAGGAGAAUGUUGCUCAAGAAAAGGAUGGGGUGAAAACGGAGUUAGCCAAUGUUCCAGAGUCCGGUGAAAAGCAGAAGCCACAUGAGGCAGCACUGAUGGAACCUCAGGAGAAAGAAGACGAUGCAGCUUCAUUCAACAGCGUCAAGUUAGGAGAUGAAGCGAGACUUCAGAAAGAAAAGGAAGAUGAACUGCAUGGUGAAGGGGAUGCUUCUAAAGAAGCUGCUCAUCCUGCCGAUGAAGAUAACGCUGUUGAUUUUUGGUCGCAAUUGGCACAGGAAAAGGACUCUUUGGCAUCUGCUCUCAAACCAGACGAAAAAGCUGGCAUGGAGGAAAGCUCUAAGGCCCAAACCCUUCCAGCUCAAAAAGAUCAAGAAUCGGACGAAGUUGUCCCAUCUAAGGGUGAUAAUAGUAGUCCAGUUGAUAUAAAGGACAUCGAAAACAACCAGGCAACAACGGACACGAAGGAAGAAGCUCCAGAUGAAAAACCGGAAAGAAAAGCAGAAGUAAAGAAACCAAAGAGAAAGAAAUCAAAACAAAAAAUAAUUGAAAGUGAGGCUGAGAAGCCUACCGUCGCUGAGGAGCAAAAAGAAAGUCCUCUCAUUGCCGAUUCUCAAACUAAAGACGGCACGGGCGAGGAUUUCUGGGCGCAACUUGCACCGGAAACAGAGGACACCCUUGAAAAACCACAAAACAUAGAAUCGGAUGAUUCGAAAGACAAAGCUAAAACACCGUCAUCGGAUGACACAAAACCUGAGCAUCUGGACGACAGUCAACUGCCACUGCCUGAUAAAGAGCACGAUGCUGCUACCACGCAAGCUACAGAGAGUGACGAUGCGCAGUCGAAGUUGCUGGAAGAUGCAUCCGUUGGUGACAGCAAAUCCGACAAAUUAAAGAAGGAAGACAUACCAUCCAUAGAUGAAGUAAAAGAGGAGUCUGUACCAGAAAAACCGGAUGCAUUGAUUGAAGGCACCAGCGAUAUCAAAAACCAAAUAAACGAAGUAGAAAAUGAUGCUGUUACAGCUGUAAAAAUGUCUGGUGAUCAAAAAGAGGACGAAGGCUUCGGGUCAAAGAUCAAGGACGAAUCAGAAGAAACCCCUGAAGUAAAUAACAAAGAAGAAAGGAAAAUAGAUAAACCGAUUGAACGUGCAUUAGUGGAAGAUCAGAGGCACCAAGCCGAGACAGAUGACGGAGACAGAAAAGAGAAGGAUACAAAGGACAAGAAAAAGAAAGCAAGGAAAGGUUCAAUAAAAGAUAAGGUAGCUGAGGGACAGAAGCAAGAAGUCGAAAAAGGUGAUGUACUCCAAAAAGGAGAGCAGACACAAGCUAAGGAAGACGAAGGUACCGACUUCUGGGCGCAGCUUGCUGAUGACAAAGACACUACUGAGCCCCAAGCAGAAGAACGUCUUCAGGCUAGUGAAAAGGAUGUACAAGCCACCGAAGAUCAGCUUCAGAAAGACGACCAAACUAAGGGCCCCGAAGUUUUAGAGGACAUUCAAGGGGCUAAGACGCAAACAAAUGACGGGAUUCCAGACGUUGGUAAGAGUGCUGAACAAGCUGAGGGCGGUGACACGCCGAAGGAUAGUGUUGCUGACUCAAGCAAGCCAAAAGCAGAUGCUGACGACAAAGUGAAACCAAAAGAGAAGAAGAAGCGGAAGAAAAAGGAAACUAAGGCAGAUUUGGAAAAGAAACCAGAUACAGACAAGAAGACCAAAGAGACAGAUCAGGAUGUAAGUCCUGUUAGCGAGGCUCUAAACGCUGAUGGGACCAAAAACACGGAUCUUAUAAAACGGUCUGUUGAAGAAACGCUUGAUGCUUCUCAAGACAUUAAGGCUAAUGAGGCUGAUGUUUCUAACGGCGAGAGCAAAAAGCUUCAUCAAGCCGAAGAAUCGAAUAUUCAAGAUGCAGCUCAGGAAACGGAGGCGAAGCUCGAGCUUGAUGAGCUGAACAAGGUUAGCGAAGCCACCAAAACGCCUGGUAAGGAUUCCACUGCCUCUCAGUCGAAGAAAGUCGACGAGUCUGAUGCCACUACUGAACAGAAAGAAGAAGGAGACGCCAAACCAGAUACAGAUGUGAAGGAUGUCAAGUCAACGGAUGAUACUGAAGGUAAGCCGGAUAGCUCAACAACAAAAGACAAAAAGAAUCCGAAAGCUACUGACAAAAAGAAACCGAAAACCACUGGCAAAAAGAAAGCUGAGGACAAUGAAUCCAAAGAACGCUUGAAGGACGAACCACCAAAAGAUGACUCAAUGAAGAAGGUAACACAAGAGACGUCAGAGAGUAAGGCGGCUGACAAGAAUGCCGAAUGUGAAAAAGUAGACUUCUGGUCACAGCUUAAUCAGAAUGCAGAAGAAAAGCCUAAUGUAUCUGGAGACACGAAAACGAACGAGAAUGAGCCAGGAGAGUUGAAAGAGGAUAAAUUAGUUGUCCAAGCUAAAGAUGGUGAGCUCCAGCACUCAAAGAGCGAAACUAGCGACGGUGAUGAGACGGAAACCACUGCACCAGCAAAGACUAAAAAGGUCGAGUUUUCCGGGGGAAAAGAUCAUGAACAGGUGGAAGAGAAGCUAGAAGACCAAGCUGAUCGGCCAGCUCUGCAGAAGAAGGUGUCUUUUAAUCUAGACGAUUCCAACGCAGAUGAAUCCGAUGUCGUUCAGGACAAGGGUCACGAGCAGUCAGAUUUGACGGAGGACACUGCCGAACACAAACUGAAGUCUCCUCCUCCGUCUCCCGUGCCUGGAUUGCUCGAACCACAGGAAACCCUGGCACUCAUUGCGGAUUUAGGAGAGAUGAAAGCAGGUACAGCAUUGCUGAAGCUUGGUGACGAAGAAGAGCAGCAUUUGAGCGUGUCUUCGAUCGAUGAGGGCCAACACGCGGAAAAAGGUGAUGCUGAUAUAGCCAGCGACAGCGCGGAGGAAGUCGAAUGGGACGACGACGCAACAUUGGCUUCAAACAAAAAAGCUCGGACUAAAGAAAUGCAGAUAACUGAUGAUGAUUUGACAGCUAAAAAGAACGAAAGUAUGCCCGAAGACAGAGCUACAACAGAUGAUGUACAACCUGAGAAAUCCAAGGCUGCUGAUGGCGAUGCCGAUAAAGUCAAAGGAAAACGCGAACAUCCGCCUGAAAAUAAACCUGAGGUUUCCGCACCAAAUGUGGAACAUGAGGGGGUUGAGGAAGAAAAGGGCAUUGAAACAAAAACAGAGGAAGAGAAAGACGUCUCCAAGCUAUCAAGAAAAUCAGAAGCAUCAAAAGAUGAUUUCGAGCCUAUCGCUAAGGACGUCAAGGACAAAGUCCUAGAGAAAGGGGUUCUUGAUACAGAACCUGAGGGGCCUUUACAGAAACAGCAACCUAAGGAACAGGGUGAAGAUGCACGAGAAGAUCAACCGAAGGAAAUUGAUAAACUCGAUGCAAAGCAGCGAAAGACCGAAGAGCUCCAAGAGAAACAUGCGCCUCAAAAGAACAUUGAAGACUCGCCCCGGCCUAAAGAAGAAUCCGACAAAGAGGACAAAACUAAACCUGAAAAGCGAGUACGCAAACGCUCGUCCUUAAAGCCUGAUGAGGCUUCAAAUGAACAAAAAGAGUUGCCUGAAAAUUCCGAGAUGAAACCUGAAAAACGCUUAAGACGUCGUCGUUCUCAGAAAGCCGACGAAGAUGUCACCGAUAGCCAAACAAAGACCGAACAUGCAGACAAGCGGGCGAAAGCUGAUGAAAGUGUUCGCUCGUUCGAAAAAUCCAGCGAGGACAUUGCUAAAGAAAAAGAAGAGGGCGACCGUCACCCAAGCGAUGUGAGCGAUGAAAAGACGUCUCCACAGAGUACAUCGAAAGGACGUGACAAAGAUGCGGUUGAGAAACCAGACAUUCCUGAAGAAGCUGAGAGAAAGGAGGUGCCAGAAUCUAAGGAAUUAUCUAUAUCUAAGGUGCCUGAAGAUAGUAAAGUAGAAUCGCCCGCGGAAUCCGACAAAUUAGACGAAAGUAAACCUGAAAAGCGUGUACGUAAGCGACCGUCCCUAAAAUCUGACGAAGCUGUGACUGAGGAACCUGGAGAGACGUCUACAAAACCAGACGAACACAAGCCUGAAAAACGCCUACGACGACGUCGGUCCCAGAAAUCAGAUGGUGUCGCAAAAGAUCAAAAGGAAAUAACAGGUGAGGCGGAGAAGUCACCGAAGGCAGAUGAAGAGCUAAAGACUCAGAGACCAGCCGAGAACGCCGCAGGCAAACAGGAUAGUCCGAGCCGUCUUGACGGUGAUGCAGAUGUUACAGAUUCCUCGAAAAGGCGUCCAUCGAAAGGAGAGGGCAAAGACGUGCCUGAAAAGCAGCCUGAGAGUCUGGAUAAAUCUGACCAAAAGGAACAUGCAAAGACAAAAACAAAGCCGGAUGAAAGUGCAUUGGAAGAAGGAGCUGACACACCUGACGACAGCAAGCCAGAAAAGCCUGUGCGCAAGCGUCCGUCCUUGAAGUCUGAUGGAGCUAUAGCAGACGAACAGAAGGCAAUACCAGACGAAAAGAAACCCGAAAAACGUCUGCGACGUCGCCGUUCACAAAAAUAUGUUGAAGACGCCACAAACGAUAAGAGGGAAACUACUGAAAAGACAGAAAAUGUACCACAGCUAGAUGGUGAACGCCAAUCUCAGAAAGUUGAUGAGAUUGCGGAGGAAGAGAAAGAAGCAGCCGAUUCCCCGGAUAAACGAGUGCGCAAACGAGCCUCCAAGAGUCCGGACGAUGUUGCUCAAGAGGAGAAACCAGGAGGUGACGAAAAAGAGAGUGAAGAUCUUAAACCUGACAUCCAACAGCAACCAGCGGAAAAGGCUGACGAAUCUAUUACAGAAAAAGACCAGCAUACAGUGCACGAUGAAGAUUUAACGCCAAAAGCUUUUGAACAGGAGCAAGAGAAAAAGUCAAGGAGGCCGGACCAGGAAACAAAACAAGAGAAACAAGCACGAAGAAGCAAGCCUGAAAGUAAAGAAGAGCCAUCGGUGAAUGAUGACGAAAAGCCAGGGGAAGACAAAGAGCGACGAGAAAAGCCACGGAGACGGCUUUCAAAGCAACGUAGCAAGGACAAAGAAGUAAUUCAAUCGAAACCCGAUAAAGAAAAGGAUGUAGACAUUAGCACGCAAGAAAAGGAACAUAUAGGUCGUGAGGAACCACUCCCGGAAAAGGAUGGACGAAGACGUUCCACUGGAGAGAAAAGGGUAAAGCCUAAAAAGGAUCUCGAAAUGAAAACUCAGAAAACCGCUGAUGACGUAUCCCAGAAACCUUCAACUAAAAGCUCAGAAAAUGAAAUGGCUGAUAAAGCACAAGAUGUUGAUACACCUAACAAAGAUAAAGAAGAGCCACGUGACGCAAAACCCUAUCGCCCUUCUGCAAGAAAAGACAAGGCUCCAGAGAACGAUCAACAACCUCAUCCCACUUCUUCGCACAAAAAAGCUGGGGAUGAGUUCAAGACUGGAGAUAAGAAAGCAUCUCCAACGAAGCUUGAUGAUGGUAAACUGGAAAGGAAAAUACUUGAUUAUGACCGUCCGAGAGACCAUAAAUUCGAUAGGCCUGGAGACCAUGAUGUGAAUGGUCGUCCAAGUACUGAUGACCGUAGAGGUCCACGACCGACGGGUGGUUUAGGGGAUAGACGUCCCCUGGAAGACCGGAAUCGCCUGUCGCGAGAUUACGACACUCGCCCUCGUAAUAUUCGUCAUGAUGGCAAGGAUCGUAGUCCCAGUGACUAUGACCACGGACGUCCACGCGAUUACAAAGAAAAUCGACGAGGAGUGCAUGAUGCCCAUCGCUACAAAACUCCCGAUUAUGACAAGCCUCACCAGCGGGAUACUCAGGGUCAUAGAAUCCCACGACAUGACAGAAGUCCUCGAUCUGGAGACCAUCACAUCCCCGGAGUAAGAACGCCGGGUAGCAGGUCUCGCUAUCCGUUGGAUUAUGAUGUUGAGGGCCGUAGCCGUCCCCGUGAUGUCAAUGAUCGUCAACGAUAUGACUAUAAUAUUUCAAGCGUUGGGGCUCGUCAUGAAGGCAUGGAUUACCGACCACAAUACUACGACAUCCAGGGCCGAAGGCCUGGUCCGCCUGGAGAGUUCGACAUCCAUGACUAUACACUUAGACAGGAUUUCGAAGGCCGUCGACCUACAAAUUAUGAUAGCCACGUACUUCCUCGAGUACCACCCCAUGAUGCACUGCCACGGUAUGGAGGAUACCAAAUUCAAGACCUGAUGAUUCCACGUGGUGAUGACUACCGUUCGCCGGAGCGCAGGGAUAUUUACGGCUACAGAAUGCCGCGUGGGGAUGGGAUACUCCACAUUGAUGACUAUCGAUCGCCGGAGCGCAGGGACAUUUACGGCUACAGAAUUCCGUAUGGAGAUAAGAUAUUCCACAUUGACGGCUAUAGGGAUGGCAACGUACCCAGAGAUCACGAUCAUAACCGUGACCGAAGUUCCCUUGACCUAGAUGCCUUGGACGUGUCAAGACGACCACAAGGUCUUCUUGAAACUACUUUGAGGCACUCAGACAUUCCUCCUCGCAAGCGUAUGGUUGGAGACCUGCCGGAAGACUACGAUGUGUAUGGUUACGUGAUUUUGGACUAUCUGAGUGGCGACAAGGAGCCUGAGUAUCACCGGAUGGGAUUCGACAUUUACGGACGCAAGCCUUCACCGGAUAGCAAGGAAGGUCUUCCGGCUGACUACGACAUCAGUGACUGGAGUCCGCGACAUGACGCGUCAGCACCUUCCCAUCGUCGUACAGAUGAGGAUGUCAGCAUCCGUGCGCCUUCACACGAUGGCAGUCGUGGUCCAGACGCUGCAUCAUAUGACAGUCCGGGGCAUAGGAUUCCACAUGAUAGUAAGGAUCAGAAGCCCCACCGAAAGCACGUGGACUUCGACAGUCACGUCGAUAUAUCACGUGACAGCAGGACAUCCCGACCUCGUCGCAAAAGUCACGAUGCUCGUCUUUACCAAACUGAUGAAGGCACCCGAGAACACAAGCACCUUCCGAAAGAUCGUGACAAGCGCCGUCACAGCAUCCCACUAGACAGCAGAAUGUAUCAGCAUCCCUCAGGUGACGUUGAUGCCCGCGGUCGUAGAGUUCCGCACUAUGAUAAACGGUGGGUCCUCCGUCCCGGUGACUACUACGACAUCCACGGUCACAUGAUACCUCGCGAUGGAAAGGGAUUCGAUUACUAUGAAGGUAUCUAUGACGCCUAUGGGCGAAGGAUUCCCAACGAAGAACUUUUCUACAUUCCUGGUGGAUAUGACAUCCACGAUCGCACGCGUCUUUCUGGAAGCAAGGCACCUGGUUCGUUGACGAAAGGCUACGAUAUUUACGGCAGAAGAACUCCUCACGACAAAGCACACUUCCUUCCCAGCGAAUAUGACAUCUACGGUCGAAGAAUUCUAGGCCCCGGUGUUUACGCACCACUAGGCGGCAUUGGCAGCUUCAGGGCUCCUAGUGACGCGCUUGUAGAAGCAUCACUUCCGAGUGAGUACAGCAUCUUGGGAUACGUGAUCGUGCCCGACGUGUCACGACGUGAAGGCCCCGAGCCAACGCUUGUGCGCUACGACCUCUUCGGCUACCGUCUACCGGAGAUUGGCCGAAGACCUGACCUGAGCCCUGAGGAUUUCGACAUCUGUGGUCACGCGCUGCUGCACGAGCGUUCCGAGGCGGACUCGGGAGAAUACCGCCCGGUGGAUUAUGCCGUGUUCGGUCGGCGCGCUCUGCCCGGGUGGCAGCCCCCACCGGUGGACAGUAGUCUCCUGGGACACAUCACUCUGCGGGACUGGGACUCUGAGGGCGGGGGACACACUCCGUUCACGCUGUACGGUCAGCGGACCCUGCAGGAUGUUCUGAUUGACCGUGGCCCACGCGCCGGAGUGCACAGUCCGUGGGGUCGCCGCUCCAGCCCACCGCCCGGCCUGCGGCGGCUCCGGCUGGCCGACCUGGACACCGAGAGGGGCUUCGGCGGUCCGGGACGGCGGGUGUUGACAACGCGCUCGCGGCCUCGCACCAGGAGGGAAAUCGUCGCCCAGUUGUCUGUGCCGCCGUGGACCACGAUCUGGCCGGGCCGGCCGCUGCCGGAGGUCCGCUCCGAGGGGGAUCUAGCGCUGCCGCAGAUCCUCACCAAGUUCACUGAUCUCAUCUGCUACAUCAACGAGAACAAGAUCCUGGUCAUCGAGGGCUAUGGCAACCCUAUUCCGGAUCCGCACUGGUUUAUGGACGGGAACGAGAUCCACUCGUCCGAAAACUACGUCAUCCAGCAGGACAAGCACAAGUACCGGCUGAUCAUCCCGCGAGUCAAGUAUGAGGACGCUGGCUCCUACAAACUCACGCUCAAAAACCGCAUGGGAGAGGUCACCGAACAGUGCAAGCUCAUCGUCAAGCCACUGAGCGAUCUGAAAGAGCCUCACUUCUUCACCCAUCUGGUGGACAACGUCAAAAUGAAGGGCGAAGAGACGGUGAUGAGUGUGGAGAUCCGCGGCAUCCCACAGCCGGACGUCAAAUGGUACAAGGACGGCGUGGAGCUGGCUCCCGACGUCAACAUCAUGAUGACCCGUGACGUGGACACGUGCGUGUACACGCUGAAGAUCCGUAACACCGGGGAUGAGGACAUGGGAGACUACGCGUGUGUCGCCACCAACGAGCACGGAGAGAUGCGAGAGGAGUGUCGCCUGGAGGUGCUGUUCAAGCCGGAGAUCGCCGGUCUGCGGGAGGUGGCCGUCAUUCCCGGAGAGAGCGCCCGGUUCCACGCCACCGUCAAGGCCAACCCCAAGUGCCGACUGAAAUGGCAGCACGACGGCAUGGACCUGCGCUCCACGGAGAACCUCAUCAUUGAGACCAACGCUGAGAACACAGAGACUAGCCUGCGUAUCCAGACUGUGGGGAUGCGCGACGGCGGGGUGUACAGCGUGGUGGCCGAGAACGCGCACGGCGAGACCACCUCCAACGGAGUGCUCCUGCUCAGGACGGCGAUCCCUGCAUUCAAGAAGCGUCUGCUGAACACUGGCGCCCGUCUGGGUCAGAAGCUGCUGCUGGAAGCGGUGGUGGCCGGACUGCCCGUGCCGGACGUCCAGUGGUUCAAGGACGGGAAGCCGCUGGAGGUGGAGCGGGUGGACGAGCAGACGUUCCGACACCAGGUGGAGGCCACUACCUCACCAGACUACGGAGAGUACCGGGUGGUGGCGAUGAACUGCGUGGGCACCACGGAGAGCAGCUGCACCGUCACCGAGGAGGUCCUGCCGCCCGUCAUCGACGCGCGCCUGCCGACCUUCUCCAAGAAGGAGGAGGGAGACACGCUGGUGCUGGAGGCCAAGGUGGAUGGCAGUCCGCCGCCGGAGAUCACCUGGAUGAAGGACGGCGAGCCUCUGGAGCUGUCGGACCGGGUCAAGAUCGAACAGCUGGACGACGGCACCGUACGUCUGACGGUCACCGACCUUCGGCCAGAGGACGCCGGACGCUACCGCAUGAAGGCCUCCAACGGCAACGGCGACGCCUGCACGGAGUCGGCCGUCACCGUCGACCGUGUGCCUCGUAAGCCGUCCUUUGACCAGACGCUGGGUGACGUCACCGUCACCGAGGGAAAGCCACUCAAACUGGAGGCCAGGGUGCUCGGAUACCCGCGGCCCGUGCUCAAAUGGCUGAAGAACGGCCGCCCGCUGCACGGCACGGAGCACAUUUCCAUCACGACCACACCGCAGGGCACCACGCUGGUGGAGAUUGAGGGCGCCACGCCGGAGGACGCCGGCACCUACUCCGUGAUGGCGGUCAACGAUCUCGGAGAUGCUACAGUCGAGGCUGACGUGACGGUUGAACAAAUAUGGAGCCCGACGUGCAAAGUUACUUUCGCGCCGCACCGUAAGCCGCUGAUGCAGGACGCCUUCCGACCGGUGCGCGCCGUCGAGGGGUGCCCGGCGCGGAUCGAGGGCCGCGUGUCGGGUCACCCUCCGCCCACCGUCACCUGGUACAAGGACGGCAAACCGCUGGAUGCCAACGACCGCGGCAAGCCGUACCUGCUGCCUGACGGUACCUUCGGGCUGGCGUUCGACCGCUGCCUGCCGGAGGACUCGGGCGCGUACACGGCCAAAAUCUCCAACUCGGAGGGCGACGCAGAGGCGGCCGCCAAGAUGGAGGUCAUCGGCAAGCAGCGUCCCGGCGAGCAUUGCGCGCCCGCCUUCACCUCUCCACUCCGGGACACGGAGGUGGCAGAGGGCUCGACGCUCGUGCUGACUGCGGACGUCACCGGAAACCCUCUGCCAGAUGUCAGCUGGACCCGCGACGGCGCCCCGCUGCCCAGCGACGAGCGCGUCUUCACCGGUUUCGACGGGGAUAAGCUCACGCUCACCAUCCGCCCGGCGCGUGUGAAGGACGUCGGUCGGUACCAGGUGUCGCUGAGCAAUGCGCUGGGUCAGGCCGACUCGGCUGCCGACGUCAAGGUCAAGAAGACCUACCAGGCGCCGCACUUCGCGCAGAAGAUCUUUGACCUCCAGCAGAUGCCUAAGUACGACGCCAAGUUCAUGGGCCGCGUGAUCGGCAUCCCCCGGCCGGAGGUACAGUGGUUCUUCAACGACACCCCGAUCAAACCGUCAUCCAAGUACCGCAUCAAGCGCGACGCGGACAUGUUUGCGCUGUACGUAAUCGACUGUUGCCCGGACGACGCGGGCGUCUACUCAUGCGUGGCUACCAACGCUGAUGGCACCAGCAAGUGUUCAGCCAAUCUGGAGGUGGUCGACCAUAUCGCCCGCCGGCCGAAGCCGGAGCCUCCGUACUUCCUGAAGACAAUCGGCGACUGCGAGGUGUACCCGGGCAUGCAGGGCAAGUUCACGGCCUGUGUGGCCGGUUACCCGGAGCCCGACUUCGAGUGGUACCGCGACGACAUGAGGAUGUUCCCCAGCGACCGUAUCCUGAUGGAGGCGGAUGGAUCCGGUUUGAUCCGGCUCAUCCUGAAGAAUGCCGACGAGGGUGACUCUGGUCGAUACAAGCUGAAGAUCUUCAACACCCACGGAGAGGCGGCCUGCGAGGCAGAGCUCUCCUACGACACGUUCGACGGCAUGUCGUCGACUCGCAACCUGAAGGACCAAUAUGGAACGCUGGAGCAGCAGCUCAAGUCCGGCAUCCCGAUGCCACUCUCCGAGCGACCCAUCAUUUCGAGGAUGACGGACCGCCAGCUGACGCUGUCGUGGCGUCCGUCCCCCACGGCCGGACAGAGGAUCCCCGUCACCUACCACGUGGAGAUGGCCGAGGCACCCCGGGGUGACUGGUUCACCGUGCGAUCAGGCAUCCGCGGCUGUUCUGUGGAGAUCCGAAACCUGGAGCCACACCGUGACUACAAAUUCCGUAUCAAGGUGGAGAAUAAACUGGGCGUCAGCGAGCCGUCGCCGCACAUUACUACACAGAGGGAGCGCCUAGUUCCGGACCCGCCGGAGAGCAUGCACCUGCGGGACGGAGAGACGUUCCUGCCCGACAUGUCAUCGUACUUCCCGCGGGACUUUGACAUGGACAAAUGGACCGGCGGACGGGCCCACGCACCCACGUUCUUACGUCAGGAGAAGAGUGACCAGUACGGCGUCAAGAACCACCCGGCCGACCUCAAGUGGUACAUCUACGGCUUCCCCAUGCCCGAUGUGCGGUUCACCUUCAACGGCAAGGACAUCGAGAUGGGAGGACGCUACAGUCACAGCUACACGCGCUCCGGCGAGCUCUCACUCUUCGUCAACAAGAUGCUGGACCGUGACACCGGCGUGUACGAGGCGAUCGCCACCAACGCGUCGGGCGAGGCUCGGCAGCGCGUAUCGCUGCACAUAGCCGAGCACCCGCGCUUCUCCCUGCACCCGGAGGAGUCGACCGUCAUGCAGCGUGACCAGGCGCGCUUCGAGGCGCGAGUCACCGGAGUACCGUACCCAGAGAUCCGCUGGUACAAGGACUGGCUGCCGCUGGCGCCCUCGGACCGGAUCCGUAUCCACUGGAAGGAGCCGGAUACGUGUGUCCUGCUGGUGAACGGCUGUGUGCCGCGCGACAACGGUCUCUACUCGAUCAGCGCGACCAACGUGGCCGGCACGACGUCAGCCUCGGCAAUGCUUCACGUGGAGUACGACGAGGCCAUGUACAACUACAUCAGCUACUCGCCUGCUCGCUCCGUCCGGCCGCGCACCAAGGCCUUCGAGGACUUCUACAACGUCGGAGACGAACUGGGCCGAGGAACGCAGGGCAUCACCUACCACGUCGUGGAACGCGACAGCGGCCGCAACUUCGCCGCCAAGUGCAUGAGCGGCAAGGGCGACCACCGUCAGAUGAUGAACAACGAAAUGUGGAUCAUGAACCAACUCAGCGACCGUCAGCUGACACGACUGUACGACGCAUACGAGUCGCCGCGUCAGCUGAUUUUGGUUCAGGAGCUGUGCGCAGGAGGAGAGGUGCUCCCCGCCCUCUGCCAGAAGACCACCUACAACGAGGGUGACAUCGCCUGUGUGAUACGCCAGGUGCUCUGGGGCCUGCAGCAUAUGCACGGCAAGCACAUCGCACAUCUCGGAUUGACGCCAGGUGACAUUCUGUACACCCGACCCGGCGGAGACGACAUCAAGCUGAUUGACUUCAGCUACUCCCGCCACAUCAACCCGCAGAGACCGGAGCGGCUCGACUACGGUAUGCCCGAGUUUGUGGCGCCGGAGAUAGUCAAUAACGAGUGUGUGGGUCUGCCGGCGGACAUCUGGUCGGUGGGCGUCAUCACCUACCUUCUUUUGUCCGGAACGUCGCCCUUCAGGGGAGAGAAUGACCGCGAGACGCUCAAGAAGAUCCAGACUGGCGAGAUGGACUACGACCUGGACGCGUUCGCCGGUGUCUCUGAGGAGGCCAAGGACUUCAUCACCAAGCUGCUCGUGUUUUCACCCGAGGAGCGACUGGACGUGCGGGCAGCGCUGCGACACCCCUGGCUCAAGUUCGCCGAUCACAUGCCCUCAUCGGUGAAAGAUGUGUCCACGGAUCGGCUCAAAAUCUAUCUGGAGAAGUUCAGGGACUGGUACCGUAACGCCUCGUGCCGCACCUGGUUCCGUCGUCGGCCGCUCAGCUCUGCGUUCACUCACCCGAGCUGCAUGGUGUACCCACCGGACAUCGAGUACACGCCCCCGCCGUCCCCGGAGCCGUCCCGGCGCGUCAAAUGGCAGCCGCCGCAGCUGGAGCUGGACGGCAUCCCUCAGAGAGAGUAUCCGGAAACGGAGAUCGGCUGGGUGCAGACCGAGAGCCACUACCAGCAGGGCCCGGACACGUACCUCCUUCAGUUGCGGGACACCGGCCUGCCGGCCCGUCUCCGGGAGUACAUGAAGGUGGCCGCCGAAAGGUCGCCCUCGUACGCCCGCCGCGGCAGGGAGGACCCCAUCUUCGACCGCACGCUACCGGUCGUGCACGAGCGGCGUCGUUUCACCGACAUCAUGGACGAGGAGAUAGACGACGAGCGUAAGACGCGCAUCAGCCGGUACGACGCCGAGGCGCGCCAGCACGUGCCGCGUCGACUGCGGUACGAGCUGGGAACGCGGGCCGACGCCGUGGUCGAGGCUGAGACGCUGCUCGAGUCCAAACGCCAGGGACAGUUCCCGUUCUUCCGUGAGAAGCCUCGCGACACGGCCAUUCAGCACAACCAGCCUUGUGAGCUGUCCUGUAUGGCGGUGGGGGAGCCGCGGCCCAUCGUACAGUGGUUCAGGAACGACAUCGUCAUCAGCGAGUCCAAGCGCAUCAAGAUCAUUGAAGAGGACGACGGUCGGUCUCGCCUUCAACUCCAGCCGGCCUCUGACUUUGACCAGGGCGUCUACAAAGUCGUGGCUCGUAACAGUGUCGGCCAGACGGUCACCAAGUGUCGCCUGUUCAUGGGCUCCGAGCCCGGCCUGCCGGAGAUGCCGGAGCCCGUGGAACACUCUGACACGGAGGUGAUGCUGCGCUGGAAGAUUCCCCAGGACAGCGGACACACGCCCAUCCUGGCCUACGGGCUGCAGAUGAAGCCGACAAUGGACCACGAGUGGCAGGACGUGGCUAACAACAUCGACCACGAGUUCUUCUGCGUGCGCGGUCUGAAGCCCGAGACCAACUACCACUUCCGACUGAGGGCGCUCAACAAGUUCGGCUGGGGCGGCUACAGCGUGCCCAGCCCCACCGUGCGCACCAGGAAACUCGGCUGGGAGAAGCCAGUGAUGGUGACCAAGGCUGAGAAGUACCUGCAGCAGAUGACGGAGACGGGCCGCGAGCCGGAGAACCCGGAGGCGCGCGUCACCCUGGACUACUCGGCCGAGGAGACGCCGGUGGAGCUGACCGAGGGAUCGCCCCAGCAGAAGUACAGCUUCCUCGCAGAGAUCAGCCGAGGCCGAUUCUCCCUGGUCGCCAAGUGCGUCGAGAAGGACACGGACACGGUGCGUGCCGCCAAGAUUAUCGAGGCCGGUGAGGAGAACCGGGACCUGGCGGCGGCAGAGUACCGCGCAAUCAGGAGUCUCCGCCACGAGCGGAUCGCCGCGCUCUACGACGCUUUCAAGAUGGGCACGCAGUAUGUGCUGAUCCUGGAGAAGCUGCAGGGUCUCGACAUCCUGACGUACUUCCAGCUACGGCACGAGUACAACGAGAACAUGGUCGCUACCGUGGUCACCCAGGUUCUGGACGGCCUGCAGUACCUGCACUGGCGCGGAGUGGCCCACCUGGACCUGCAGCCCGACAACAUCGUCCUCACCAGCUGCCGAAGGGUGGACGUCAAACUGGUCGACUUUGGCUCGGCCCAGAAGGUCACCAAGCUGGGCGCCCAGGUCCACCGCAGCAGUCUGCUCGAGUACACCGCGCCGGAACUGCUGGCCGACGAGCCGGCCUUCCCAAUGACGGACGUCUGGUCUCUGGGCGUCAUCACCUACCUGCUGCUGUCCGGAACGUCACCGUUCCGCGGCGAGACCGACGCCGAGACGCGGCAGAACAUCCUCUUCGUCCGCUUCCGCUUCGAGUACCUCUACCGCGAGAUCACCACCGAGGCCACGCGCUUCCUCAUGCAGAUCUUCAAACGAGCGCCCAGCAAGCGGCCCACGUGCGAGGAGUGCUCCGAGCACCGGUGGCUGCUCUCCAACGACUACAUGCUGAAGCGGCGCGAGCGGGCCGUCUUCCUGGGCAACCGCCUCAGGGAGUACUCGGACCGCUACCACCGGCAGAGGCUGGAGCAGGCCACGCAGAGCCCCGACCUCCUCGCCGGCUUCGGCAUGGCGCUCUCCCGCUCGCUCAGUGUCGAAACGAACGCCUUCACCACCUUCUAGGAGCUUUCCCAGUCAGCUGCCGGUUGCGCGGGUCCCGCCCCGUCCCCGCGACUCGAACCGCCCCUGCCCGAGUGUUAGCUCGAAUUAAUUUGGCACGGUAGUCACUCGCGAGUGAUGCCACUGAGCUUGUUGUCCUUCAUGCAGGCGUGAUCAGAGUUGUGAGUGAGGUUGUUGGAGUCAGUGGUGGCGCCGAGGUUGUGAAUGAUGUUGUUAGAAUGUUGCGAGUCAUGUUAGACCGCGAAGCACGGCGCGGAAAACAGAAACGUUUUGCCGUUCUUGAGGAUACCGUCGCCGUUCAGUUGUGGUAUUCGGGAUGCGUACCUACACACAUUUGGAAAGUUGUCUGCCUAAUUUACCCAUCCCGACGAAAUCAGUGUUUGCUUUGCCGCUAGGACGUGAGGACCGUCAGUCUAGAGGUCGCGUCAGGUCCCCGGGUCGUGAGGACGGUUUGUGAGAAUACGUUGAGGAUUUCUUGCCGAAUGCAGACGCGUUUGAUGCAUCGGAAAUACAUUGGUGUAUACAGA